GACCGAUUCUGGGUCAUUGCCGCCCAUCCCGAGAUCAACUUGUUCGCUGCUGGCCACGAUAACGGUGUCAUGAGAGAGAGACCGGCAUCAUCAGUAUACCAGAACAACCUCUUCUACAUCACCAAGGAGAAGCACGUCAGAUCCUACGACUUCCAGAAGAGUACCGAAAGCCCGACUUUGCUCUCUCUCAAGAAGCUCGGAAGCCCUUGGACGCCUCCACGAACCCUGUCGUACAACCCGGCCGAACGCUCCGUCCUCGUCACCUCUCCCUCCGACAGCGGAUCUUACGAACUGAUCAACCUUCCUCGUGAUGGAUCUGGUGCCAUUGAGCCUGCCGAGUCGAAGCGCGGCCAGGGCAACUCCGCCAUCUUCGUCGCCCGCAACCGCUUCGCUGUGCUGAACACGUCUAGCCAGACAAUUGACAUCAAGGAUCUUUCCAACAACACCACCCGUUCCUUCAAGCCUCCCGUCGGAACCAGCGACAUCUACUUCGGUGGUACCGGCAACCUCCUCAUCAUUACGCCCACCGCUGUGCAUCUUUACGACAUUGGGCAGAAGAAGAGCGUCGCCGAGUUGGCUGUCAACGGCGUCAAGUACGUUGUGUGGUCGAAUGACGGACUGUACGCGGCUCUUUUGAGCAAGCACAACGUCACCAUCGUGACGAAGACCCUCGAGCAGGUCAGCACAUUGCACGAGACUAUCUGUAUCAAGAGCGCAACCUGGGAUGAUGCUGGUGUUCUGCUGUACUCGACCCUCAACCACAUCAAGUACACGCUUCUGAAUGGGACAAUGACUGUCUAUCUGUUCCGCGUCAAGGGCCGUAACGUCUACUGCCUUGACAGAGCGGCCAAGCCCAAGGUUCUCCACGUCGAUCCCACCGAAUACCGAUUCAAGCUGGCGCUCGUCAAGCGUAACUACGAGGAGAUGCUCCACAUCAUCCAGAACUCCAGUCUUGUUGGUCAAUCCAUCAUCUCCUAUCUUCAAAAGAAGGGAUACCCCGAAAUUGCUCUGCAGUUCUGCGGAAACCUGGACGUUGCCGUCGAGACUGCCAAGGAGCUGGACCGUCCUAAGCUUUGGCAGAGGCUGAGCGCUGAGGCUUUGGCUCACGGAAACCACCAGGUCGUUGAGAUGGCUUACCCAAAGCUCAAGCAGUUCGACAAGCUUUCGUUCCUGUACUUGUCUACUGGUGAUCACUCAAAGCUGGCACGUAUGGCCAAGAUUGCCGAGCACAGAGGUGACUUUACUGCACGUUUCCAGAACGCCCUCUACCUCGGCAAGGUUAAGGACAGGAUCCAGAUGUUCAAGGAAAUUGACCUCUACCCAUUGGCAUACAUGACCGCCAAGUCUCACGGUUUGGAGGAGGAGUGCCAGGCUAUUCUCGAGGCCACUGGUCUCACCGAGGACCAACUGGAGACACCUACGAUUGAGGAGGCUCUGACUCCUCCUAGGCCUGUCGUCCCCACGUUCAAGGCAAACUGGCCUACCAAGGCUACUUCCCAGUCUGUCUUCGAGAAGGCCCUACUUGGCCAGGUUGAGGGACUAUCUUUGGAGGAUACCCCUGCAGCUGCCAAUGGCUUCGACGAUGACGUCGAGGAGGAUGCCGCUGCGAAGAAGAACAGCAACCUCAUUGACGUUGAUGAUGACGAGCAUGCGGCAGGCUGGGAUCUGGGUGACGAUGUCGUUCCCGAGAUUGAGGGCGACUUCGUGAACGUUGACAGUGCCGACGCUGGUGGCGCUGGAAGCAGCGAGGCCGAUCUCUGGGCUCGUAACUCUCCUUUGCCUGUGGAUCAUGUUGCCGGUGGCUCAUUUGAGUCAGCAAUGCAACUCCUCAACAGACAAGUGGGAGCAGUCAACUUCGCGCCGCUGAAGCCCCGCUUCCUCGAAGUUUACCAGGCAUCAAAAACGUAUCUCCCGGCCUCUGCAAACCUUCCUCCGUUGAUUAACUAUGUUCGACGUACGAUUGAGGAGAUGGACCCUAGAAAGGUGUUGCCGAUUGUGCCCAGGGAUCUCGAGUUCCUGCCGACCAACGAUCUGCAACAGGGGUACAACUCGAUGAAGACGAACAAGCUCGAGGACGGUCUUCAGAUCUUCAAGGGUAUCCUCCACGCCACCUUUAUCAACGCCGUUUCAAGCGAAGGCGAGGUCGCCGAGGCGAAGAAGCUCAUCACAUCCGCCAGCGAAUAUGCCGUGGCCAUGGAGAUCGAGCUUAGCCGUCGCAAGCUCGGCCCUACUGGCGAGCAGCUCAAGCGCAACCUUGAGUUGUCAGCCUAUUUUACCAUCCCCAAGAUGGAGGUUCUUCAUCGCCAGCUGGCCCUGCACAACGCGAUGCAAUUGGCGAUAAGAAACAAGAACUACGGUUCAGCACUGAGCUUUGCCAACCGCAUUAUUGCCAAUGGCGGCUCCAGCAAGCUGAUCGAAAACGCCAAGAAAGCCAAGGCUCAAUGCAAGCGCAACCCCUCGGAUACGAUUGAGAUUGAGUUUGACCAGUUUGCCGAGUUUGAUAUCUGCGCAGCCAGCCACUCACCUAUUUACAGCGGCACUUCCUACGAGGAGUGCGCCUUUGACGGCUCCAAGUACCACAGCAAGUACAGGGGCACCGUUUGCAAGGUCUGCGGGGUGUGCGAGGUUGGCAAGCACGGCAGUGGCCUGAAGCUCUUUGCGUAGAGAGCUAGGUAGUAUGAUAGAUGUCGCCGACCCAUGAUGGGGUGAAGACUGCAUGAUUUGGUGCAGUGACGCUCGGCCAAUGGGGGAAUUGGUCUUGGGAAAAGUUUACAGUAGACAGACUGGAGUUUCUGAUGAACCCCCCGGGCUUCUGAUUGUUAGCAAUAGCUUUGUGGGAGACGAAUAUAUGUCA